UUCAAGUAGGGAGACGAAGGAGAAUCCCCGCGAAAUUAAAGUGUUAUUGGCUUCAUUAUUCGAGUGAUACUGCCGUGUUGCUAAACUAAGCCUAAGCUCGGACCCCUCCCAUCCGUCUGUACCACCAUGAUUGGGCUCUCCUUCGCAUUUCUCAUUUUAUUGGAUAAAACAGAGCCAAGAUUAUUACCAUUUUUCUCCGCUCUUCUUGUCUGCACCGGUUUUUGACAACCCCUUUCUUUCCCUAUUUCCUAUGGCUCAGAGUCGUCGUGACGAGAUAGAAGCCCGCCUUAAACAUUUCAACGCCGGUAGCCAGUACGACAUCAUUGAUGUUGUGGGCGAAGGUGCUUACGGUGUGGUUUGCUCGGCGGUCCACAAAUCGACGGGUCAAAUGGUCGCCAUCAAGCGCAUCUUACCCUUUGAUCAUGCCAUGUUUUGCUUACGUACCUUGCGUGAAAUCAAGCUGUUGAAAUAUUUCAACCAUGAAAACAUUAUAUCCAUCUUGGACAUCGUCAAGCCUAAAACGAUUGACGAUUUUACCGAAGUUUACCUUAUUCAGGAACUCAUGGAAACCGAUAUGCACCGAGUGAUCCGCACUCAAGACUUAUCCGAUGAUCAUUGCCAAUAUUUCACUUACCAGACCUUGCGCGCUCUCAAAGCCAUGCACUCGGCCAAUGUACUUCAUCGCGAUCUCAAACCAAGUAAUUUGUUACUCAAUGCCAACUGUGACUUGAAGAUUUGUGAUCUCGGAUUAGCGCGUUCGUCCAAUUCAGCCGACGAGAACAGCGGUUUCAUGACGGAAUAUGUGGCGACACGAUGGUAUCGUGCACCUGAAAUCAUGUUAACCUUUAAAGAGUACACAAAGGCAAUUGAUGUGUGGUCGGUGGGAUGUAUUCUGGCCGAGAUGCUCAGUGGCAAGCCAUUGUUUCCGGGAAGAGAUUAUCAUCACCAAUUAACCCUGAUCCUCGAUGUUUUGGGUACACCCACCAUGGAUGACUUUUAUGGGAUCAAGAGCCGAAGGGCACGAGAUUACAUCCGCAGCUUGCCAUUCAAAAAGCGUAUUCCUUUUUCACGGCUUUUCCCCAAUGCCAGUCCGUUAGCCGUGGAUCUCUUAGAAAAGCUGCUCACAUUCAAUCCUACCAAACGCAUUACGGUGGAAGAAGCAUUAAGACAUCCUUACUUAGAACCGUAUCAUGAUCCUGACGAUGAGCCUGACGCACCCCCGAUUCCCGAAAGUUUCUUUGACUUUGAUAGAUACAAAGAUCAACUUACCAAAGAGCAAUUGAAACAAAUGUUAUUCCAAGAAAUUACACACUGAUGAGAUACCAAGAAUUUAACCUUUUUUAUUCGUACAAAUCACGUAAAGAUACAAAAAAAAAGACACCUAUGUUUGACAAUAAAAAAGAAAAAGAACAAGUAAAAAACGAAAUUAUACAUAACAAUCUCAAAUGAUACAAGUGUUA